CGGCGGAAGAGGAGGCUGCGGCCGCAGCGGAAGAGUAAGUGGUCGGCUAAGGUUCUCCUUCGGGAAUCGUUUGUGAGUAUCCAUGUAAAAAGUACCUCCCGUCAUGGAGUGGAGAGACUAACAAGAUGAAUGUUUAGUAUCACUUUUAGGAGAAAAACAUAGAGUUGUAUUCCUCAAGUAUACUACCGAAUAAAGUGCCACCUGUAAAACUCAAAUUAUGCAAAAAAUAGUUGAUGAUAGUGAUGAAAGCAACAAGCCUAAAUGCUGUAGAACCUUGUACAAUUGAUCAGACGUUAACAGUGAAAGUUCCGAUUGUUAUGUUGGAUAUCGAUGGUAACAGUGAAUCAGACAACUUCAGACAAAAUUAUAUAGAUACUACACGUACAAUAGGCAUAGACAGAAGAAAAACAUGAAUGCAUAGUGAAUUUGAAUCGGAAUUGCUCGAUGAAGAGCAAAUGCAAACUUGAAAAAUUGUUGAAACUUGGGGGAAAUUUGAACAUCACAGAAUUUCAUAUUUCGCACCGCAUCUCAUCAAAA